UCAGGCUGAACAGUAUACUGUUUAUGCAUCGACAUUGUGAUGUACCCAUGCGCAAAGGUCACAUCGCAGGACAUGUGAUGUCAAGUAGGGUUAGUUAACUCGGAUCUUUCGCAUUUUCAUAUUGUGUUUUGUCGGCAUUAAAGUGGAACCUUACGCUUGCAGCACUUGAUUAAUAUUAAAAUGCCUCUACGCAGUGGUUGUAACAGUGGUGACUUCCCACUACGCUGACUUAACUAGAAAAUCUUCUUCAGAGUUACUCAAGUUGUCUUGUGAAAAAUUCUGUCUUUCUCAUAUCAUAAUCUGUACUGCAGAAAACCAAGAUAGUCCAAUGUGAGUUUUAGUCCAAUAUCGUGCAACUGUAACUGAUAGCCAUCAGCCACAAUUGCUUCAGUUCUACCACUGAGAUCAUUUGCAAAGCAAAUACACAAUUUUUCAUCAAAUCCAAAAGAUUCCAGUUGUUUCAGAAGAAUUUACUGACAGUGAUAGAUUGACAAAAGCAUCAGAUAAGUCAAUAAAAAGGGCUACACAAUCUUGCUUAUUCAAGAGAUUUUUUUAAGUCGUCACAAUUAUAUCUCAGUCUAACACUUGAAUGAUAAGAUUUUCAAAUUGAGUGUUUCACAAAAAAAUGUUACCACCAUCAGAUAAAAAAGAAAAAAUGUAUGUUAAUUAUUAGCUAAUAAUGGAACUUCUAAUAAUUAUAGCCUUGGCUCUAACUUGGCUCUCUGUGGCUUUUUUGUGGACGAAUAUAACUAAGAGCAUUACACACGUUAAGAUUUGUAAAAUGCUUUAAUGAAAAGAUCUGAGUGCCAAGUUUGUUUGCCCAGCAAGGUGCAGUUAGAUUAGAGCCAGUGAGUGGAGAUCCUGCAUUUCCAAAUAUAUUACUUGAAGAAGUAAAGUCUAUUUCCAGCUGUGAUGGUAGAACGUUUCACUGGGUAAGGAUGAAGCAGAAUAAUGUUAUGAUGAUUUGAGUUUACAGAAAAUGUUGUCAAGAGAGUUUAGCAUACACUUUGGGUUAAAUAUGUCAGUAUUUAUGAAUAUUUAUUUCUGUGUAUGACCUUUUUCAUCUGGAAGAUGUGAUAAUAUCCAACAGAAAUUAAGCUGGUGCUAACAGCCUCCUAACAAUGCAGUUUCAACAGGAGAAAAACAGUAAUUUGUUAAAGAAGGGGUUUGCUUGCAAAGGCAUUUACUAGAUUCUCCAUUUAUUGAAAGACUAUGUAAAUGAAAACCAUGACUGGUAUUAGUAGGGCUUUGCAAUAUUUACAAUAUACAAUAUAUUCUUACUGUGAUAUGAUACUAUAUAAUGUCUUGAUUUGGGAUAUCAUUAUAACAAGUGUUUUUGAUUUUUUUAACUUACAUAGUUCACUUAGUCAUUACAGCCGCAUUACUGAUGAUUAUUUAUGAGUAAUCUCAUUGCAUUAGUAUAUUGUGAAAGAACCAGAAGAAGAAUAGUCAUUGCUGCAGUUUUGAAUUAUGGCCUAAAUAUUGCAGUUUUUUUAAAGAAGUAUUUCUUCCACAUUGCAGCCUGAAGCUCAGAAUCAAGGGCUUUCAGAGGCCCUUUGUCAUUCAGCCUCUUGGCCUCAGUGGGGGCCCUGCAAAUUAAAAAGUUACCAAGUUUGCUGUUCAUACUCAUCACAGGCACUGGAGGUCUGGAUUGGAUUUCUUAAUUAUAAGCAUUUGAUGUGCCUCUGUUGAUGUUAAACUCAAGAAUGUGCACACACAAAGGAAUGAAACGUGACCUGUCUGUACGCAAACACACACAUUCACAUGUGAGCAUGUGCACGGGCUUACGUGACCAAGCACACACACUUUAAUGCAUGAACACACAUUCACUCACACGCAUUUGUACUUCGGCACUCAAACUCCAUGUUUAAGACUUCAGUUAACUUCACAUCUGCUUGAGCUACCCCCACACACAGCAGGGUGUUGGGCAGCCACGUGGCAGAGCACAGCACAGCAUGGCUCUACGUAGAUGAAGACAACAUCCCCACCCACGCAUCCUCUGACACCCGUCUACCCCACUGACAAGACGCGCAGAGUGAAGAGAGCUCCAUGAAAGAUUUACGAAACCAACUGAGGUGGUCUCUGUUAGAAGCUGAGUGGAGGCCGGUGGUUGGAGGCGAAAAGGAGGGAGGGAAUUCCAGGGAGAAUCCCGGAGUGUCUGAAGUGUGAUUUUGUAUUCAGAGAAGAGAUUUAGUAUUCCACCGCUCAGCAGUGAUCAGUCUCACAGAGGCUUUCACCAAGCCUCCGUCACCCUCUGGAUCCUGCAGAUUGCAUCUCAAUAGAGUUUGACGGCUGAUGGAAGGAGACACUUGCCAGCCCCUAAACACAGGCCAAUUACAAAUUCCGACUUGACUUAGAGAAACUUUGAAAAGGUCACAACACUGAGGUCACCGCAGCGUCACGUGGAGGCAUGUGGUGUAGGUUUCUGAGGUGAAGGCUGCAGAUAAAUCCCACUACUGUACAACGCACACAUUUUACGUUGGAGAUUUUACUCACGUUCUUGUUUAAGUGCAAACGUACACUCGUCCUUUACACUGUUUGACAGCGUGCAUUGGGGGAAAGCCAAGAAUAAAGUAGUCUGCACCAAAAUAACUCUCUGAAUACAUUGUCCUUAACCUGUCAUAUGAGAAUACUGCCUGCGUAUACAUGGUAAAAAUCGUUUAUUUUUGAAAACCUUGAUAUGGAUGUGGUCUGUCAGUACUUAAUGGUCUAAGAUGCCCUCUGUAAGACUUCAUUCUGCUCGAAAUAACACUACACGACGACUGUGUGUAUAUGUUGUCCUGACUGAAGAGGUGGGCAUAAAAGCCAGACAAAAUCAAAGUCACAUCCUGUACUGGGAGGAAAAACAACUCUACUGAAAUUCCAAGUUCUUGGUUAAAGUGCUGCCGCACUAAAUCAGUUCCUCGUGCAGAGUCUUUCCAAAACGUGAGUGCGUGAGAGAGUCAUAUUGCGUUGACAGUCACUCCUGCCAGGAAACCAGACAUCUCAUCUGGCACUGUCACCAAUAAUAUAAUUAGCUUAGGCUGCCUUGCAACCAUAGCUGUUGAGCUGCACUACAGUCACUCCGUGUGCUGCUGCGCUCAGCCGACACUUUUGUGCAGCAGCUGAAGGAAUCUGUAUGCGAUAUAUUUCUGACUUUUAAAACGUGUUUGAAACAAUCAGGGUGAAGAAGAAAUCCGCACAGUUGAAUGCCUGAGUCACUGUGGUGUUUUUGCAUCAGUUGCAUCUUGGCGCAAAGUUUGGUCGUGCACGCUCAGGAGACACCUGAGGAAUUUGCGGUGCUGGCCAAGGUGGGACGGUUCUGCCUCGUGAGUAGCGCACAGAGCGCGCGCUCCUGUCUCCCUAUCACCGACACCUAAAUUAAUUCUCCAGGCUCCACUAGACGGACAUGCAUUACGGAACGCGCACGAGCAGCGAAGGAAAGCUCCGAACAUGCACGCCGAUAACCAUCAAAUGACACCCAACACGUGCUGUCACAUUUAGCUGGUCCGGAUCCAAAAUUAUUUCCGAGCGUAAAACGCUUUGUUCGGCGCACCGGCCGACUUGUUAACGAGCGCAGAUAACAGUCUCUUUGUGUUUCGCACCCCGUAGUCGGUCGCUGGGAAACGCACGUCGUAAAAUGAGGCUGGGAAGCGUCAUUUUAUUCGUCGCUGUCUGCUCUUUUACCGCGUAUUAUAUUUAUGAGCCCAUUCCGGAGGAGAUUGAAGAGAGAUGGAAACUCAUGCUGACCAACUCUUUCUUCAGAAGUCUCAGCCACCUGGCAGACUUAAGUGAAUUACUGGGGCUGAAGGACUACAUGGGGGUAAUGUACUUCAUUACUCUGGCUGAAAGGGUAGUGCCAGUGUCUGACGAGCAUGUCAAGGUGACAGAGGAGAAAUUUGAUGGAGUGGAGGUGGUGCUGUACCAGCCAAAGCAGCAGGGCGUUGACACUGAGCUCAGGAGAGCUGUCAUAUACCUCCAUGGUGGAGGCUGGUGUCUGGGGAGUUCCAGGAUGAGUCCAUAUGAUCUCCUGGCUAGAAAAAUGGUCACUGAGCUAGAUGCAGUGGUUCUUUCUGUAGAGUACCGCCUUGCCCCUGCUCACCACUUCCCUGUCCCAUAUGAGGACGUAUACCGUGUGGUCAAACAUUUCCUCCAGAAGGGGGUGCUGGCCCAGUUCUCUGUAGACCCAGGUCGCAUUGCUGUGGCUGGGGAUAGUGCAGGGGGGAACCUGGCAGCUGCUGUGUCCCAGCAGUUACAAAAGGAGCCUGGUAGACAGAUUCACUUGAAGGCCCAAGCACUCCUCUACCCUGUGUUGCAGGCUUUGGACCUCAACACUCCUUCCUAUCAACAGAAUCAGGACAUGCCCAUUUUGCCCCGCACCCUCAUGGUGCGUUUUUGGAGUGAGUACUUCACCAGCGACAAGGCCCUUUUCAGAGCCAUGAUGGCAAACACCCACAACAACCCCGAAUCAUCCAGCCUGCUUAAGUUUGUCAACUGGAGCGCCUUUCUGCCAGAAACAUAUCAUAGAAAAUACAACUAUAGUGCUCCUGCUGUAGUGCAAGGAGUUGGAGGGCAUGCAGUUGGGAUGGAUGGACCAUCUCUGUCUUUUGCUGACCCGAGAGCAUCGCCCCUGCUGGUUCCAGACACGGCCUUACACUCUCUGCCCAAGGCCUACGUUCUGACAUGUGAGUAUGAUGUUCUUCGAGAUGAUGGGAUCAUGUAUGUCACAAGGCUCCGUGCUGCUGGUGUCAAGGUGACACAUGAACACUAUGACACAGGAUUUCAUGGAGCGCUGAUGUUCACCUUGUGGCCAACCGACUUCUUGAUUGCAGAUCGCAUGACAGAGAACUAUAUCAAAUGGCUCAAGGAAAACUUGUAAAAAUUCUUGACUAUCAUCAUUCCAGUUCUUCCACACAAUGCACCAGUGUUUGAGUAGGUGCAUAGUUUUUCCCUUCUGGUGUUCAACUUUUUGUUUUUCUUUAUACUUCUUUGGUCAUGAUAUUUUCUGUAAAUAUAUUGAGAAAUAACUUCUUCUUUUUCCACUCAUGUAUUUCAUCACAUUAGAUAUCAGUAGCAAACAUGAUUUAGAAAAACAAUUCACAUAUGGUGGCUUGAGUGAAACACUACACGGGUGACACAAUCAGUCAGGUACAAUGGUAGUAUUGUGUUUAUCGUCUGACAGACACAAUAGUACCCAGAGAGAGCUGUGGGGGAAAAUCAACUUGGAAAAGAUAUCAAAGGUUGGUGUGUGUGUGGGUGGCAGCUGGCCCUGUAGGAUGCUGCUCAGUCUUGAAUUUCUACCUGAUCUGAUCAUGUCACUAGAAUCUGAACUAUUCCAUUUGGGUUUUUUUAAGAAUCUUGUAUGAAGCUCUGAAAAUUUUGAAAGGAUUUUCACAACAGCCAAAAAUUAUAUUCAGUUUGGCCAAAGUUAACAUUUAUCACUGAGUGCAGCUGAUGAAACCUAAGAUUGUUUUCGAUGUGUGCAACUCCUGUGUUCCUGAAGUUGCAUCAGAGGUUGGCCAGUGGUAUUCUGUUAAACACAGAAACACAGUUUUUCACAAAGAAGGAACCCGCCCUUAGUUGUGUAACCAAUACAGAUGUAGAACACAGGCAGAUGCUUACUUGAUUUGAGGGAAUGUCUUCUUCAGGAAAACAUCUUUGCACAUCUAGUCUAAUUUUCAACAUUCCAGACAAAAUAUUGGUAUUGACAAUGUGCAUACCUCCAGACAUUCUUCACACCAUACAUAUAUGCAUUUUUUGUGAUUGAGCUUAGCUGAGUGUGAUGUAGCAAUAUGGCAGAAAGAGCGAAAAUGUCCAAGAAAGAAUUUGGGGCAACACUUUAUUUGCCUUAAACUUUACAUCACACCCCAAGUCUCAACAUCUCAAGAGUUCCCGAUCAAAGGUUUUAUAGGGUUGUGUGUUUGUUUCCUUGUUCAAGCAUGAUUUUAUUGUAGUUAGUAAAUGCUUUAUGCAUGGUUAAUCCAAGUACAGGCAUAUGGAAAUAAGAAUAAUACUCACUGAAUCAUACAUUUGACCAUCAAGCUAGUAUAGUUCUCAAUAUAAACCUGCCUUUGUCUAAUGAAUAAUACAAGUAAGCAAUGUCACGGCUGCUUUGCUGUUGUUAGAUGAAGUUGCCAGUGCCAGACCAAGUGCUAGUUUCAUGGUUAAAUUUGUAACAUGGAAUAGUGUGCAGACAGGAGGCUGACACUAUGGCUGCAUUCAGUUCUGUGGUCUGUGGUAAAUGACUGCACUUGUCAACUUUUAGCCCCUGUACCUCUGUGUUGACAACAUUCAGAGGAAGUGAGGCUACAUUUAUUUAUUCCCAAGGCCCAACAAUCAUGUGAGAUGGCUUGAAAUCUUUUUAUCUGUGGAUGACAUCACCCUGUGAGUUCUCUGCUCAUGGGAUGACCAUUUAAAAGAUAACAGGGAGGUUGAAAGGUUACUCAAAACUAAUCCUUUCCAUGAAUGUCUGUUCUUAAAUGUCUUGUGGUUCAUUAAGCUUUACUGUUCAAAAUAAGCUAAAGAUCGAGGCAUGUCAUGUUUGAAUGUCUCAUGCAUUUUUUAAAAUCAAUUUCUCAUUUUCACUAGGGAAAUACACAAAAGUAUGUAACUUUUUCAACAAGUGACAACUUUACAGCUGUUUUUGUCAUAGGCUUAAGCACUGCUACAUUCUCAAUUGUAAAUAUGAUUGCUUUUAUUUUUGUUUUGGAUUUCCUCCUGGAGAACUUAUGAUUUGCAUAAUUUUUAAUUUUAAUGUCAUUUUGUCAAUCUGUCAAUAAAUUGACUUGACCUUUAA